GCUAAGAUAAACAAAAUAUAAUCGGUUUGCAUGUUUUUCCGCGUAUUCCCAUCCGAUUAUUUUAACUAUUUAUAUUUUAAAACUUGUCAUCAAAGAGCAUAACGAUAACUGGUUUUACCAAAUAACGAUAAAGUGAAUUGUUUGAAUUGUAGAAAGGGGAAAGGUCCCUGGACUGGACUCUGGAGGAUUUUGGAACGUAUUAGCGUGGUGAAAUCUGAUUCGCUACUGGCGAGUAACCAAUCAGUACGUUCCAUCUGUCUGCGGGAAAUCGCAUAUUCAGCAAAUGCACAAACUUCUUGGCCGCACUUCUCUUUUUUAAUUUGUUGAAGAAAUUAAAGAAAUCCGAAAUCUACAAAUACUACAUUCCUUUAAAAUGAUUCAUUUUUAUUUGUGUUAUACGAUUUUGUUAUUAUAUACUGUAAGAGCUGAAGUUUUUUUUGAAGAGAAGUUUAUUGAUGACUCAUGGGAACACAAUUGGAUUUACUCAGAACACCAGGGACAAGAAUUUGGAAAAUUUACACUCAGUCAAGGACAAUUUUGGAAUGAUCCUGAUAAUGAUAAAGGAAUACAAACAUCUCAAGAUGCAAGAUUUUACGCUGUCAGUCGAAGGUUUCCUCCCUUCAGUAACGAAAACAAAUCACUAGUAAUUCAAUUUAGUGUAAAACAUGAACAAAAUAUUGAUUGCGGUGGAGGAUACAUCAAAGUAUUUGAUUGUUCAUUGAAUCAAAAAGAUAUGCAUGGAGAUAGUCCUUACCUCAUUAUGUUUGGGCCAGAUAUUUGCGGACCAGGGACUAAGAAAGUUCAUGCUAUUUUUAAUUACAAAGGAAAAAAUCUUCUAAUAAAAAAGGAUAUUCGCUGCAAAGAUGAUAUUUACACGCAUUUAUAUACCUUCGUGAUAAAACCAGACAAUACUUAUGAGAUAUUGAUUGACAAUGAAAAAGUCGAAUCUGGUCAGCUAGAGGAAGAUUGGGACUUUUUACCUGCUAAAAAAAUCAAGGAUCCUACACAGUCAAAACCAGCUGAUUGGGACGACAAACCUACUAUACCAGACCCUAGCGACAGAAAACCAGAAGAUUGGGACAAACCUGAGCACAUCCCUGAUCCUGAAGCUACAAAACCAGAUGAUUGGGAUGACGAGAUGGAUGGUGAAUGGGAAGCUCCUAUGAUUGAUAAUCCCGAAUUCAAGGGUGACUGGAAACCAAAACAGAUUGAUAAUCCAAAUUAUAAAGGACCUUGGGUGCAUCCGGAAAUAGAUAAUCCUGAAUAUUUACCAGAUCCAGACUUAUACAAACAUAAUGAAAUUUGUAUAGUAGGACUUGAUUUAUGGCAAGUUAAAUCAGGAACUAUAUUUGAUAACAUUCUUCUCACAGAUGAUCCUGAAUAUGCUAAACAAUUUGGACAAGACGUUUGGAAACCUACAAUAGAGGGAGAAAAAAAAAUGAAAGAAUCGCAAGAUAAUGAGGAAAAAAAGUUGAAGGAACAAGAGGCUAAAGAUAGUUCUGAAGAUAAAGAAAUCGAUGACGAAGAAGAUGAUGAUGUCAAGGAUAACAAUAUACCUGAAAUUGAAGAGCAUGAUGAAUUAUAAGCGUGAAUAAAUAUAAUAUAAUUUAUUGGAACAAAGAGAAGCAGAUUCAAAAUAUUCAUAAAUCCUAGACAAAUGAAUUCGUAUGUUGAAAGAAGUAACUGCCUUCAGAUAAUUAUAAAUUCAAUUUACGGUCAAAAAGUAAUGAAUGCUCUUCCGCUUUUUUCUACUUAUUCAAACAAAUUUGAACUGUACAGUCUAAUAAUUGUUAAUUUCAACUUAUAAGAUCAUUAUAAACUUAUACAUUCACGCAUACACAUUUGCAUAUUCACACGUAUGCAAAUAUACGUAUACAGACACACACGCGCACACACACAUAUACAUAAUACAUUUUAUAAAGAACAUUCAAAUUUUUUUGUAUCUUGGUUUUUUUAUGUCAUUGGAUUGUAUAAUAAAUGUAUAUUGAUUUUGUCAUAAAAGAAAA